UCUACAGAACGACCCCAGGCUGUCCUGACCCAGGAGCCUGCAUGGACACAGAUAUACGAAUCAGAGACAGUGACACUGAGAUGUCAGGUUCAGGGGGGUUACACUGACUGGAGAUUCACAUGGUACAAAGCUGGGAGGAAUGCUCCAGUAACACAGGAUUACUACAGCAGUAUAGCUCGUGACAGAUACACAAUUAUCUCUGCUACUAGAGACCACAGUGGGGAAUAUACCUGUAAAGGUGAAAGGAGAGGUAACCCAUCGUACUCUAAAACAAGCCAUGCUCUUACACUGAGAGUAUCAGCGGACACUCCGGAGCCUGUCCUGACCCGGGAGCCUGCAGGAGAGAUAUUUGAAGGAGACACAGUCACCCUGAGCUGUGUGGUUGAGGGGGGAUCUGGAGGCUGGAGAUAUCUCUGGUACAAAGACAGGCAGGGAGCUCCAGUGAACCAAACUGACAGCAGCAGUGGAACUGGAGCUGGAUACACAAUCAGUGCUGCUGCUCUGUCCCACAGUGGAGAGUACUGGUGUGGAGCUGGACGGGGCAGGAACACGUCUUACUCACAAUACAGCGAUCCCAUCUGGGUAAAUGUAACUGCUCUGUUCUCCAGGGUGACUCUGACAGCAUCUCCAGGAGCCACAGUGAAGGAGGGAGAGGCUCUUAACCUGACCUGUGAGGCAGCAGUGAACAAAACCCCCCGCCCUGAACUCCACUACACCAUUGUGAGAGACGGGGAGCCUGUGACUAACAGCACUGACUCUGCACUGUACAGCAUAGCCAGCACUGAGAAGAGCCACACUGGGAGCUACACGUGUGCUGUGGAGUCACAGGGAGUGAAGAAGAGCAGCCAGGAGCUACACAUUGAACUGCAAACGUCCUGGCAGAGCGCUGCUGCUGCUGCUGGCUUCAGUGUCGGCUUCUUUGUGAUUCUUCUCAUUGUGUUCACUCUGCUUCUCCUCUAUCACAAGAUCAGAGGUUUCCCGUGUAUCACCGGUGGUAAGAGGAGGAAACGCUCGGAUCAGAACCAGGACCAAGCAGCAGGGGGAGUAGAGCUCUCCAGCCAAGCACAGCAACCUGAUUCUGAAGACAUCGUUUACAGUGUGAUUGACACCAGCAAACACAACAAUACAAAGAAAGAUUCUGAAGAAGUCCUUUACUGUAAUAUUGACACAAGCAAACAAAACAACAAAAAGAAAGUCAAACCUGCAGAGACUGACACUGUGUACUCAGCUGUGAAAAUAAGUGCAGGCAAACCCACUGCAGAUAAUGCAGAGGCCAUGUAUGCCACAGUCCUCCCAAAGAAGAAAAGGAAGUAAAUGAAGGGAGUCCCCAGGAGUGAGAGCCAGCCUGAAUCCAGAGACACUGAGAAGGGGAGCGUGUCAAACUGAAGGAGA